AUGGGUCAACAAACGUCCAGAGAAAUGCCUCCAGAAGAGGUGCACCCAAAACACCCGACGGAGGCUGAGAUGAAUGGACCAGAUUUCGAUCUCAAUGAUGUUGUCGCUCUGUAUGCCUCCGAGAGGCUUGAUGCCAAGACAUUCCUCGUCUCUAAAGAAUUCGCAUCUCGCUAUUCCCCGGUCCUGAGCGCGAUGAUCAAUGAACCCUUCCCCGAAAAAGAAAACGUCCCUGAAUAUUGGAGUAUUAUUGAAGAUAAAAGUCGGGAGGGCGUCAGUCAGGAAAGCGAAAACCUCGAGAGCGAAAGCCAAGCAGGCGACAAUCAAGUAGGCAGCAAUGAAGAAGGCGAGAGUAAACGCAUACGCCAUGUGUACAUUCUUGGCAUCGCCGAAGACGUUCUAGAUAUUCUCGUCCAAUGGAUCCACACGCAAAAAAUCGACCCCGAUCAAUUCAAAGAGGAUAACGAGGGUUUCCGAGAGAUGGAACCCUUGAUCCGCGCUUGGAUCUACGGUGACGAGCUUCGAAUGCCCGCGUUUCAAAACUCUUGCAUGGAAGUCAUGAUCAAGGUCAAGAAAGAGUCGAGACUUGUGAUACUGCCAGAUUUGUUCGAUGUUUGGGAGAAGACUAGAAAGGGGAGUCCUCUUCGUAGAUAUGUGGUUGAUGUUGUUCUGCUAAUUUAUAGAAUUGGUGGAGAUGAUUACUUGAAGGCUGAUGGGUCUGUGGUGACAUAUAGACCUCAUAUGAUUCCGACGGAGAUGAUGGUGGCUAUGUUUGAGAGGGCGAGAACACUUAUUUCGCCUGAACGAAGCGGACGGCUGAAUAGGGAGGCGUCUGUUAAGCAUUACAAGGUCUCGGAGAGGAAUUGA